UUCUGUUCGCAAGCUGACGCCCCCGCGCCUAUUUCCUCGCUGUCGUAUUUCCUUUUCUUCUUCACCUUCCCUCACCGUGCAUCCAUGCUCCACCUUCUUCCACCUUUUCCUCCUCCCAAUCUCAAGCUCCAUCGACCUGCGAUGUGCACCAUAGAUUAAGCCGAGCAGCUCUGGUUUUCGCGAGCAGGCCGGGCGCGAGUUGUGAGUACAAAACUAAACAAAGCGGAGAGAGAGAGAGAGGAGGAUAAAAGGGGAGGGGGCUCCAGCAAAAGCAGACGAGGGAGGCAGAUCAGAACCCCCCGGUCGCCAUUUUUCUUCUCUUUCACUUCGGUGUUUGUUGCACACACACCGACCAGUACUAGACUACAUACACCACUGCUCGCUCUAGCCACUCCACAGUACCAGCGGUAGGCCUUAACCCCUAGCUAGAAGAAGCAUUCAGCGAUUCAGGACCAAGCUCCGGCGUGGUGUUCUCCCCUCUGCCCAACCAAGUCGUGCCUAGGUACUCUUUCCUUCGUAGCAGCCGCAUUGCCAGCAGCCACCUCCCGGAGCCAGCCGCGCGCCUCCCCGGUUCGAUUCGGCGGUGUGUGAUCCCCGGCGAGAUUGGCGGCGGCGUUGCCUCUUCGCGGCGCCCACUUUGCCUCCGAGAUUUGGGGCGGGUCUCCGGCCAAGAAUCCGGGAUUCCAUUUUUGGGCGGAGCCAAAUUGGUCCGAGAUUUGAGGCUUCCUUGCGCGGCCACCAGCGCCUUCCUUGUAUAGAGAGAGGCGGCGGCGCGGGCGGAGACCGGUUGGGUUCUUCUUGGGCUGCUGCUUCGGGCGAGACGCCGGCGGCGUGCCAUGAGACGAUGAUGAGGGAGGAGAGCAACAAGAAGAGCAAGGUCUCCUGGUCCAAGUCCCUCGUCAGGAAGUGGUUCAACAUCAAGAACAAGGCGCAGGAUUUCCACGCCGACUACCACGCCACCCACAGCCAAACCCAAACCCAAGGCGCAGGACGGGAUGGUGGCGAGCGGAGGACCAGCUGCUCAGAGAGGGACGCAGGCGCUGCCAAGAAAAGCAGCACAACUGACCGACCGUUGAAGCGGAAUGUCGAUCGGAUUCGUCGAGGAAGGAACGAGUUUGAUGUGUCGCGCGCGACAGAAACUCAAGAUUACAGAAUCUUUGCCUCGACCUGGAAUGUUGGUGGUAAAGCCCCAUCAAGGGGGUUAGAUCUAGAUGACUGGCUCCAUUCUUCACCACCUGCUGAUAUUUAUGUGCUGGGAUUUCAGGAAAUUGUUCCCUUGAAUGCCGGGAAUGUUCUUGGCACCGAAGACAAUGUUCCGGCGAAAAAGUGGGUAUCACUUAUCAGGAGGACACUGAACAAGAAUCCUGGGCCUAGCAGCCAUGGCGGGUAUCGCACGCCAUCCCCUGUCCCUGAUCCGGUCGUGGAAUUGGAUGCUGAUUUUGAGGGGUCAUUGAGAAGACAGGAUAGCUCUUCAUUCUUCCACCGCCGGUCAUUCCAGAACCUUAGUCGGAGUUUAAGAGUUGAUGGCAAUGAUAUCUUUUCGCAACCAAGAUUGUACCGCAGGUUUAGUGUCUGUAACCCACCUAGCUUUGGAGGCAGGCCAAGUGAUUUUACUGGAAAUUGUCAGUGUAUGGGAUCACCGGAUGAUGAUUAUAUUGAUGAGGAUGCAAGUAAUGGAGCUUAUUUUUCACCAUUCCCAUAUGGCUAUGGUGGUUCCACACCUAUGGAAGAAAACAACGAGCAGCCAAAUACGUCUAGGUACUGUUUGGUUGCCAGCAAACAGAUGGUUGGUGUUUUUCUCACAGUUUGGGUACGAAGUGAAAUAAGAGCUGAUGUUAGAAACCUGAAAGUUUCUUGCGUCGGUAGAGGACUAAUGGGUUAUCUUGGAAAUAAGGGUUCUAUAUCAAUAAGCAUGUCUUUGCACCAUACAACCUUCUGUUUUGUAUGUUGUCAUUUGACCUCUGGGGAAAAGGAGGGAGAUGAAUUGCGCAGAAAUUCUGAUGUUAUGGAGAUCUUGAAGAAGACGAGAUUUCCUCAGGUUCGCGGAUGUGGUGAUCUCAAAUCACCGGAAACAAUUCUUGAGCAUGAGCGUAUCAUAUGGCUUGGUGAUUUGAAUUACCGGAUUUCUCUUCCAUACUCAUCGGCAAAAGCUCUGGUUGAAAUGCAUAACUGGAAGCAACUGUUGGAGAGAGAUCAGCUUCGUAUAGAGCGAAGACGAGGACAUGUUUUCCAGGGAUGGAUAGAAGGAAGGAUUUAUUUUCCUCCAACAUAUAAAUACUCUUUCAACUCAGAUCUGUAUUCUGGUUAUGGUGUGCGUCCCAAAGAAAAAAGGAGAACACCAGCUUGGUGUGAUCGUAUUUUGUGGCAUGGUAACGGCCUCAGUCAGUUGUCAUAUGUCCGUGGAGAAUCUCGCUUCUCCGACCACCGACCAGUGUACAGUAUUUUCAUGGCGGAGGUCGAAAUUCUCCGCCAGAGGAAAAGAAACCUGGGUUAUUUCAGCUCUAAAAUUCAGGUGGAAGAGCUUUUGCCAUAUUCUCACAGCUCUGGAGGCACGAAAUUGUACUAAUUCAGCCCUCACCAUGCCGUAAGCUGACUGAUUCUUGGUGAUCAAUAACAUUUGCUCCAAGAUUGAUAGAUGAUCAGAUGCGAAUGUGACAAUAUUUUUUUCCAUCUGUCUUAUUUUUUUGUGUGUUCGCUUUUGAGGCGGACACUUUGCAUUUCAGCAACUAUUGCCAAGAUCUAAUGCCUUGAACAGAUGCUUAGGGAACACAUUGUGCACUAACAGGAUAUUCAGGCAAUUUUGCGACUAACAAUUUGCCUGGGGUGGUGGGAAGAAUCAGCCAGCCAACAUGAACUAACUAUACAAGCCUUUCCAGUCCAUUCCCUCUUUGAUUAGAUGCAAUCUUAGCAAGCUCCAUCCACCACCUUUUUCUUGUCCCUUUUUCGUCCUUUGGAAACUCUGUAAAAAAUCAGUUAGGCUGGCCAUUGUAUGUUAUCAUCACCAUGAGUUGUAGAAUCAUUGCAGAACGGCGGAUGGAAUGAUACAUGGAAUUGAAAAAACUAUAAAUAUUUGUUCUAGAUGAUCA